UCUCCAAAAUGCAUAUUUUCAUUACAAAAUGGCUCAAAUUUCCCAAGUCUCUGCUGAUGUUAAAAUACAGUCUUCAGCUGACAAAUUCUAUGCUUUCUUUAGGCACAAAAUGCACCAUUUGCCUCGAAUAUUCUCUAAGAAUCUCCACAGCUUUGAAUUCCUCGAAGGAAAUGACAUCUCUCCUGGCUCCCUCAUGCACUGGUCUUACGACAUUGUUGGGCCGGCUAAAAUGAAGGCAAAAGUGGCAGAUGUCGAUGAAGAAAACAAGUCGAUCACGUACGAAGUUGUUGAAGGAGACAUAUUGAGCCAAUACACCUUAUUUAGGUCGAAGUUCCGAGCCUACGACGACGUAGAAAACGGAGGCGCCAUCGUGAAUUGGUCGUUCGAGUUCGAGAAAGCCAACGAGAACAUCCCGUCCCCUGAAGCUUACCUGGAAUUUGUUUCUAAGAUCUCAAUUGGACUUGAUGCUUACCUUGCUGUUAACUGAUGAACAACAAGGCCAUUGGCACUGUGCUAUGAAUAAAGGGAGCCAUUGUUGAUUGCUUCCCCA